CAAAAGCUCUAAAGACUAAUGCGAGAAAGAGAUAGGAUGGAAGAUGGGAUUUUAAGUAAGAAGCGAGGUAACGAGGAUAGGGAUUUAGAUGAUACGAAGCACAGAGUUGAUGUGAAGAUUGUACCUGGUAAGGAGCAGCAGUUGAAAGAUGGCAUUUUGAGUAAGAGGCAAGGAAACGAGGAUAGGAACUUAGAUAACAUGAAUCAUAGAUUUGAUGUGAUGAUUGUACAUGGUAAGAGGCAGAAGAUGAAUGAUGGGAUUUUGAGUAAGAAGCGAGGAAACGAGGGUAGGGAUUUAGAUAACUGGAAGCACAUAAUUGAUGUGAACAUAUACCUGGUAAGGAGCAGAAGAUUCAGAACGAUAGCAAAUUCAUGGAUGCGGAAGUAAAAAUUGAACCUAAAGAAGAUUCUGAUUCUCUUAAGGAGGCAAUAUUCCAAAGUGAAAUAGAAAUCCUUGAGAAUAUAGGUGCAGGGGUAGGCAGGGGAAGUAGCUCUAACCUCUUUGUACCUUUAGUGGAACAUUGCCUGAAUCUGGAUGCGACAAUCAUAGAUUCUUGGUACAGGAAGGAGGUUUUGAAUUUAUUGAUGACGCCCUACAAUGAAGAGGAGUAUAAGAAGCUCUGGAAAGACAUAAGGAGGCGAUUACCGUCCCGCUCAAGAAAUGGACGUGGGAAAUCUCUUCUAUCACUCCAUAAAGGUAGGUUAAUAACCUGCGGUUUGUUUUCCCUUUCGUGGCAUCUUUUUGCAUUUUGAAUGUUUCUCUUCUGUUUUGAAUUUUUCUCAGGCCAUACCUUGAUUUCAAAUUUAUGUUCUCACUUUUAAGAUAGUACCCAGUUCCAUAGGAUUCCUCCUUUCCCGUUUUGACAACGUAAUA